CUCCGGGCCCGGAACUGACGGGAAGGGGGCGGGGCCUGGGAGCUAAUGGCGACUGCGGGCUGACGGUGUUGACGUCCCCGGCGCGUCCCAGAUAAACAAUGUCAUCCUUUCAAGAAGUUCCAUCAUCAAGCAGUGCCCUGCAGACUUCGAAUUUUGCACAUGUAGUCUUUCAAAAUGUAGCAAAAAGUUACCUUCCUAAUGUGCACCUUGAGUGCCAUUACACUCUGACUCCAUAUAUACGCCCCCAUCAAAAAGACUGGGUUGGUGUUUUCAAGGUUGGCUGGAGUACUGCACGCGAUUAUUAUACAUUUGUUUGGUCACCUAUGCCUGAAAAUUAUGCAGACGGAUCAACAGUUAAUUGUGUGCUGUCUUUUCAAGGAUACUACCUUCCAAAUGAUGAUGGCGAAUUUUACCAGUUCUGUUAUGUGACGCAUAAGGGUGAGAUCCGUGGAGCAAGCACCCCUUUUCAAUUUCGAACAUCUUCUCCUGUUGAAGAACUGUUAACUAUGGAAGAUGAAGGGAAUUCUGAUAUGUUGGUGGUGACUACAAAAGCUGGACUACUUGAGUUCAAAAUUGAAAAAACGAUGAAAGAAAAAGAAGAACUGUUAAAGAUAACUACUUGUCUUGAAAAGGAAACUUUGCAGCUCAGAGAUCAAGUUGAAAGACUGGAGGAAGAACUUACUCGUGAAAAGGAAAGAUGUGAUCAAUAUGAAGCACAGCAAAAGCAUAAUUUAAAAACUGUAGAAACUCUUAAAACUGAAAAUGAAGAAUUCAAGAAAAAAUAUGAGGAAGUUACUUCAAAAGUUCUCCAACUUGAAGAAGACAUCAUGACAGUUACUCAGAAAGCAAUUGCAAAAGAAACAGAGCUAGACAGCCUAAAAGAUAAACUCAAGAAAGUAGUCCUUGAGAAGGAACAACUUGAAUGCCAAUUAAAGACAGAGAAGGAUGAGAAGGAACUCUACAAGAUACAUUUGAAAAACACAGAAAUUGAAAACACCAAACUAGCAUCAGAAGUUCAGGCACUAAAGAAUUUGGAUGGAAACAAAGAGAACCUGAUUGCCUAUUAUAAAGAAGAGGUUGGCAGGUUACAGCUAUGUGUGGCAGAAAAAGAAAAGUUGAAAAGAGCAUUCUUGCUUACUUCAUCAAACAAGGAAGAGGCAAGCAUUUUAAAGGAACAGCUUCGGAAAGCUGAGGAUCAGAUUCAAGCUAGUAGGCAGGAAGCUCUGUUGAUGUCCAAAGAACUCAGUGAUGCAGUAAAUGUGCGUGAUAAAACCAUGGCAGAUCUUCAUAAUGCUCGCCUGGAAAAUGAGAAAGUGAAGAAGCAACUUGCUGAUGCUCUAGCCGAGCUUAAAAAAAUCACUCUUGUGAAUAAUGAACAAGAAGCGUCAAACGUUGUAGAGAAAGAACUGCGCAGAGAAGUUGAAGACUUAAAGCUCCGGCUGCAGAUGGCUGCUGAACAUUACAAGGAAAAAUUUAAGGAAUGCCAGAAGCUGCAGAAGCAAAUUAAUAAACUUGUAGACCAGACGAAAAUUUCAGGGAAGCAACAGAAUUUGACAGAUGGCUCAAAAAGUGCAACUCCUGUGGUCAAGACUGGAGGUGAAAAGUUGUCUGCCUCUCCAGUUUUGGAGUUUUCAGAAAAGGAGCAAGAUCAUAACAAGAAAAAAGAAAUUGCUGAAAAAACAGAGAAAUAUAAGAAAUGCAAGGAGCUUAGUGAUGAAAAACUCAAGUGCAGUGUCUAUGCUGAUGAACUAGCUAAGUUGGAGCUGAAGUGGAAGGAGCAAGUGAAAAUUAAUGAGAGUAUGAAGCAACAGCUAUCUGUGGUGGAAGACCAAUACCUAGUUCAGUUAGCAGAAAAGGACAGACAGAUAAAUGACCUGACAUCCCAUUUGGGAAUCCUCAGCAAUGGGAAGAAUCUUGGAAGGAGACCAGAAAACCAAGCAGAAAGAAUCACUGAAGGACAGAUGUCUCAGCAAGCAUUAUUUUUUCUCAAUUCUGAUGAUGAUGGACAGGUGCCUGCUGUGCCUGCUCGGCUACCAGUGCUUCAAUAUGGCAACCCCUACACAACACAAGGAACAAGAGAUGGGGCAGAUGGUGCUUUUUACCCUGAUGAGAUCCAGAGACCGCCCGUACGAGGACCUUCUUGGGAACUGGAAGACAACGUAGUGUGCAGUCAGCCUGCUCGCAACCUCAGUCGGCCUGAUGGCUUAGAAGAUCCUGAGGAUAGCAAUGAUGAUGAAGCAAAUGUACCUUCUGCUCCUGAUCCAUCAAACCUUCGCUUGCAUGAGCGUGGAACAGGUUUUUGUUUUGAUUCCAGCUUCGUGCACAUCAAGAAGUGCCCACUUUGUGAAGUGAUGUUUCCUCCUAACUAUGAUCAGACGAAGUUUGAAGAACACGUUGAGAGUCACUGGAAGGUGUGUCCAAUGUGCAAUGAACAGUUCCCUCCUGACUAUGACCAGCAAGGCUUUGAAAGACAUGUUCAGACACACUUCGAUCAGAAUGUGUUGAAUUUUGACUAGGUGUGGGCAGUUUAGCUUAGAUAAGAGCUCGAAUGAACGAGUUCCAAAAAAGCCGCUAUUAUAACUCAAGCCAAGCUUCUUAUUUAAAGGCUCCUGUCAGUAAAACAAGUGCUGUGCAUUGCAGUUGAUUCAAAGUAAACCUUUGGCCUGUUAGCAAGCAUUGGGUCAGCCUUCCUACAUCUAGCAUAAACCCAAAUCUUUCAUGGUAUCUCUCAGUAUUUGUUCCCUUGCUAACCAAAUGUAGAAGAACACAGGAAACUGACAGACUUGU